ACUUCACUCCUCACUCCCCAGCAAAGAAACCUGCAGCGGCAAGCCGGAGGGGAGGGGCUGGCGGCGGCGACGGGGCUGCGAGCGGAGGGUGACGCUGUGUGGCCUGCCGCGGAGACGACCCUCAGGAGUCGAUCGCGGUGUGGUGCCGACUAGAUUUGGCAGAGCGGCACACGAGCGAGAGGUUGAAGACAACUCCAGAGCCGAUCAUUGGGUGGUUCACACGGUUAUGAGGUAUCUCAAAAGAGAACCCAUUGAUUUCCUGUGUCUUGCGUUCUCAUAUGCUGCGCUUUCUAACGAGAGAACGAAGAGCACCUAGCAAGCUUGGUCACAGGGACGUCGCCAUGGGAAAGAAGAGAAAGCAUGAGCACAACAGGAACACAAGCAUAACAAGAGAUGAGACGCCUCUGGAAGGGUCUUCGGUUGCCUUGCCUUCUUCCAUCUGUGACGUGCUAACCCAGUUUAAAGACAUCAUACAGGUUAAAGUGAACACAGAUGAACGAGUCCAAAGCCUUGAGAAAAAGGUUAAAAAGCUUCAGGAAAAGGUGAAAAGGAACAAAAGCGAGGAACUUCACAAGAAAGAGCGGAUAAACAAACAAAUUAAGGAAGAUCUAAAGACAGAGCUGAUAAGCGAGUUCAAGGAAGCUUUCAAGAGAGCUAAGGAAGAGCUGAAGUUAGAAUUCGGGCAAGAUAUACAAAAGCUUGAGGAAACUGUUGAGAACAAAAGUAAGCAAUAUUUCAGCGUGUUCAAGGAGGAUUUCAAGAAAGAGCUAGAAGAAGUGAAGGAAGAGCCCGAAUCAGGGAUCCAAGAACAGAAGCAAAAAGAAGUAUAUGCAAAAGUACAUCCUUGCAAUGAAUCUCGGUCUCUCAGAUCUCACCCGAAUAAAAGCCAUACAACAAGUUUUCAACUGAAAAUUAAAUGUAAGUUGAGUAGCCAGAUUGUUUUCAAAGGAAAACCUAUACGGACAGAAGAUUCUGAUCAUAUAGAAGUAGUAUUAUAUGAUGGUGGCAAACAAAUUGCACCCGAUCACCACCUUGCUUCAGCAGCAGUUGAGCUAGUUGUCAUUGAUGGAGAGUUCAGUGAUCAUGGAUAUUGGUCUAAAGAUGAAUUUGAACAAAAAAUUAUGAAACCGCGACAAGUGAUCAACCAAAAGCUAGUGAAGAAUGGAAAUUUUAAACUGGAUAGUGGGAGGUGUCGUCAGAAAGGCGUUGUUAUUAUGGAGAACUCCAACCGCAAGGAUUUUAAGCUUGGAGCGAUGAUUGUGGAACAUACAAAAGAAAGAGUUCUGGAAGGAGUAUCAGACACUUUCCGGGUGCAGGAAGCUAAGACCGAAAAAGACCGUGAUUCGGCAAGCAGUACCGGACAUAACUUUUCACAUGUGAAAAAUAAAAACGGGCAAGGUCCACAUUACAGUCUUCCAACAGCAAGGCCAAAUUUCGUCGGCAUGCUGAACCCAUCGCAUAUAGCAUAUGAUCAGACAACUGGACAUGGUUCAGUUGGUCCGCUUCCGGUCAAUUAUGUACCUCAGCAGGGCACCACUCAUCUGGGAAUUCGUGGGCAAGGUCCGCGACAUAGCCUUCCAUCAGCACGACCAAUGCCCAAUUUCCUCAAUCUGCAGAGCCCAUCACAAAUAACAUAUGGUCAUACAUCGGGAAAUGGUUCAGUGGGACCAUUUCCGAUCGGGCAUUUACAGCAGCAAUACGCUACUCGACAGGGCACCACUCAAGUGGAAAAUUAUGGGAAAGAUCAGCAGCAAAGUGUUCUGCCAACGCAGUGUAAUUUCGCUGUCAUGCCGGACCCAUCACAAAGCACAUACGCUUACACAUCAGUAAACGCUUCAGCCGGCCCACUUCUACAGCAACAGAACACUACUACUCAUCAGGGUGUCACUCAGCUGGGAAAUAAUGGGUCGUCCUCUGAGAUCUGCAUUGGGCAUCCUGGUAGCGAUUUACUUAACAGCCCUUUGGCCGAGGUUCUGCGCAACUUAGCUCGAGGCGAUGACUGCUCUGCUGAUAAUCCGGCCAAUCCUGAUGAUCUCAGUUACGCCGGAGGACAUAUCCACCAUGCAGUCGCAGCCGAUCCGGGAGGGCAUUCUGCAGGCCCUAGUCAACACUGGGGCAUCAACCAGCUGCAUAUGGAUUGUUCUGGUGACCUGCAGUUGCCCGGGGUUCUCCCUCAAACUCAAGAUGGGGGAGCUAUUGUCCCUGCUCCACGUACUGCUGCACCAGCUCCUGAGGGCACUCAGAUGGAUUUCACUCAGGCUAUGGCGCCAGGUUCUUAAGCGCCAUGGGAGCUAUGAGGCUCGUCUUCUCCAACUACCGAGGGGCCUUGCCACCUCGGCAGUAACAAAAUGGACUACCAUGCUAAACUAACCUCAGUUUUCCACCUAAUCUCGGACCAUUCGCACUUAUGUACCAUAAUGGUGGGCAAUGGGCGCUGCAUGGCUAGUGCAUCGACAUUGAACCCCAACGUUGUGUUGUACACAGUGGGUUAAUUUCUGGCGUGUCA